ACGCAUGGCUGGAAGAGUCUGGUUGCGAGUAGGCUAUGUAGGUCAAAACGUUAGUUAGUCAUUUGUGAUCUUCUAAGAAAGGCGAAUAUGUUUUAAACACUGUGUACCUGCUGACCGCUGAAAGGUGUGAUUUAUCAUGUAGAGGAUGGUAUGUCCUUAUUCGUGCUUUUACAGCGACGUGGUUUGCUUAUAAUUGCUUACAUUUUGACGUAGUGGGAGCAAAGAGUUGCCUGGGAUUAUAUUAUGCAUAUUUUUUUAAGGAAAGUGGAGAGGUCUCAGAAUUUGUUGACUGUCUGACUAGAAAAACUUCUGUAAACAGAUAAAAAUACUAUCAACACAGAAAUGUGGGACAGAAGGCAGUGUCCUGAAAAUUCUUCCAGUGAAAAAUUUUCAGGAAUGGACGGUUCUAGAAGACUGGUCUGGAAAGUUAUACAGGGUUUACUGUCUGUUCCGAAAGUAUUUGCUGCAGAGGACUCUUCAGACACUUCAGUUCAAGGAACUUUAAUGUUGCCAGCAUUUAUUGGCAAACCUGCUGUUCCAGAAUCUGGCUGGGAUCGAAUAAAGGAGCUGUUUGAAAGAGAUGAGAUGCAAGCUUGUCCGGAGGAACUUACUAAUAUUGUGAAGGGUACCCUCACAGCUACAGUAAUUGGAAUGUUGUAUGGUGGUGUCCCAGCAGCACGGCAUGCCAGGCAACAGUAUAUGGAGAGAAGCAAAGCUGAAAUUUAUGGUCACCGUGUGGAGGCAAUACGCUCUGCACAUAAUGCUGCAAUCCGAGGGUUUAUUCGCUAUGGCUGGCGAUGGGGCUGGAGAGUUGCUGCUUUUGUCACAAUAUUUAACACAGUCAGCACUGGAAUGGCAGUGUACCGAGACAGCUGCUCACUUGGCCACUUUGUUGCUGCUGGAGCUGUAACAGGUGGACUUUUCAGACUGAACCUUGGUUUAGGAGGUAUUGUGGGUGGUACUAUCAUUGGAUCUCUUCUUGGUGUUCCAGCAGGAGUGUUAAUAGUGGCAAUGCAGAAAGCAUCAGGUGAGACUGUCCGAGAGAAAAAGAGAAGGGAGCGUAAAGAAAUCUAUGAACUUAAAGUGGCGGAAUGGAAUGCCAGACUUAAUGUCACUGAGGAGUUAGUUGGUGGUAUUGACAGCGCAGUGAAGCAGGAUUCUCUGAGUAAAGAUGUAAACAAAAUUGAAGAACUUUUAAGUCUGCCUCAAAACCCCAGUUUGCCACAACAAACUGAAAAUGACUGAUUAUACAUAUAACAUGAUGACUUGGGCAAAGUAAUGGAGAAGUGAAAAUGUUCAUGUUUUUGCAUUAUCAGAACUGGUGUACAACAGGGGUCUAGCAAAGCAUUCACGUAUUCCGAGCAAGUUUUUAAUUGUUACAGUUUAAAUAAGUCAGGUGACCUUUUCCCAGACCAGUCCUGUUCUGCAGUCAUUGGUUAAGGAGUCACCCACGAAGAACUGAAAUCUUGUGCAAAGCUCACACUCUGAGAAUAUUAUAUUUUUGCAUAUGUCCCUUACUAAUUUGUAGCUCUCCAGACCAGUAAUAUCUGCCAUCAGACAUGGCUAGUAUUAUCUGUAGUGUGGCGGGAUUGACUGAUUAUCUUUAAUGCAUUCUACAUUGCAAGAUCAUUUCAUAUCUAGCAACAGUUGACACAAUCCACUGUAAGUAUAAGGAGCUACUUGACCACCCAGUAUCCUUGCUCCUGUGUAUCAUGUCACUAGUUACAUCCCCGCUGCUGCUUUGCUUACAGAUUAUUGGAUGACUGCAGGUUUAAGGGUUUCUGAGUGUCAUAAUUCAUGCAUUACCUUUUCUCUGUAUGUCUGCAUUUUAUCUUGCAGAUGAUUUUGAAAGUGAUAGUUCUGAGGUAUUGCAUCAUCUUGAAACAGCAGCAAUGUUUCAUCAUUAAAUAUUAGUUGUGAUGGACUUUGACAGGUUAGCACAACUGUGCAUCUAGGAGCUUGUGACAGGUCUUCCUUCAAGUGUAUGUCAAAGAUCAAUAUACAUUUAAGUGAUUUUUUUUUUCAGAAAGAUACAAAAUAAGUCAACAGUGUUUUGAUCCAGUCAUUUAGGGAUGAAAAUUCUUUUCCAGAAGUUAUAACAAUCCGUUCCAAUGUUAGAAUAUUUUAAAUUAUAUUCACAGUACCAUCCUAA